GGUUCGGCCUUGACUCAUGACGAAGCUUGGGUGUCUUGGUUGCACUUUGGUAGGUAUUGGACCAUGUACCGUAUUGUUUCUUUUCACGAUUGCAAACAACCCACUCAAAGUUAUCAUCUUCACUGCAAGCGGAUUCUUCUGGCUUCUGUCGUUGCUGCUCACUGCACUCCUCUGGAUGCCACUGAGAUCGUUAACAGCGAAUCUGGCCCCAAGUUUGUUGAUGGGCGUAUUGUUUCAAGAAGCGUUGCGGUUCUCUUUUUAUAUAUUAAUCAACACUGCAGACAAAGGAUUGAGAGCGAUCUCUACUGGAUCCCAAGCACGACCUUUCCGACAGUCUUCAGUAAAUAGUUCCAAUCAAAACACAGUUAACUUACGGCAGUCGGAAGCACAUAGUUGGGGUUCGGAUAGAAGCCAGGACAACACCAGUCUGCUGGGGAACCCAACAGUGCGUUUCCAUGAGAAACUGCUAGACCAUCAAAUUGUGGCCUAUGUUUCCGGACUCGGUUUCGGCGCGAUGACAUGCAUUGUCGAGCUGCUUCGCACCCUUAUCGAUUCCCAAGGACCUGGUAUCUACUUCGAUCUGUGGGAGUCGAAAUGCUUCUUUAUUGUUGCCGCGUUUCAAGCAUCUUGUCUGUCAGUCACUCAGAUCUUUUGGUCGGUCAUUUUGUUCAGCGCUUUCGAAACUCGUUCGUAUGGUUCCAUAGCACUGGUCUUUGUGGUUCAUGUGGCUAUGUCCUGUUUGUCCCUCGCAAACAGAUUCCGGUCUCCUUGGCCUGAGGUGAUAUGUGCGUGUUACUUACUAAUAACCAUUUGCAUGGGCAUUUUUGCAUACGUUGCAGUGCGAGGCAAGUGCCGCUCUUUCCUCCGACAAGCGCCGAAUUCACCAAUCAGUCGCGCAGCAGGUGACUCUUAGAACGGGUACAUUUCGAAUGAUGAUAAUGAUGAUCUCUAGAUUGUCUAUACUUUGUUCGAUUUUUAAUUUUUUGAGUUUUUGUUCCUUUUUUAAUUUAUGGUUCCCGGUUGGCUGUAGCCAUAUAAUCGCGCGAUCAAGCAUUAUGACUUCUCAUUUGCGCAUAUUACAAUCGUUGCUUAAUUAUACUUUGUUCUGUUGGAGAAAUAUACUAUCGCUUCUUAAGCACCUAUGGCAGACGUACAAAUGCACAACAAAGCUUCUAUCUAUGGAAUCAAUGCUACGUCCUUUUGGUUUGCCGUUGUCAAAUCAUGAUAAUCCGAGUCAGCAGUGCCGGAAUAACCGUCACAUUGACUCACCUACAUGUACGAUUGAUGCAAGAUCCCCACAGUGCAAAGCGGAUUAUAAUUCACAGUGCAACCGGUGGAAAUGGAAAUUGGUGACGACUUGCUGACAGUUUGACACAAAUGGGGAACACGUC